GCUGAUUGGUCCAAUCCAUACGUCGGGCGUCGGGCGGUUACCUCAUGGUUACCAAAUUUGGAUUAUUUAGGCGCGCAAGUCCAGAAUGGCGCUACAAUUUCGGAUACAGCUGGAAGACUGUUCAUUCUGGAGCGAAUCCGGUAUAGCUUUAAUUUGUGAACGACCCAAAAACAAGUACCGUAGUGGUGCUCCGUUCUCACAGCGACAACGUCGAGUCAAACAAUGUGGAAUACUCUCCCUUCCUCAAUGCCAUCUGCAUCGUCUUCCACGCAGCUCUGAUUCCAGUGAUGGUCGUUCGGGACGUGUCACCUCAACCAUAUACGGGAGAUCUACCCCAUCCAUUUGAUUCUGUAUCUGGUCGAGUCGUAAUCACCCUCUUUCAUUCUAUCGCUAUUCUUUCAACAUUAUAUCGGCUCAUCCGUCGCGUUCGUAUACACCGCUUUUCAUGGGACGAUUGGUUAGCGUGUCUGGCACUGUUGCUCAUAGUACUCUACCUUAUCACUGACUGGCUUAGAGUCAAGCUCAGUGCGUUGUCUAAGAUUUCCUGAUUAGCGUUCUCAGCUGACCGUGUUUCCGAGUCCAAACCAGGAGUUCUACCGAACCGAUGGAAUACCUUGCCCAUCUUAUAGAGAUAUAUUCGGUCUCUCUCUCAUUUUCUCUCGCUAUUCUGUGGUGCUCUCGAGCAAGUCUUUCCCUCUCUCUCGCACGAAUCCUCCCUCCAGGUCGACAUCGCACAUUCUCCAUCAUUUACGCUGUAUCGUCUUUGCUCAUCGGAUGCGCCUUCAUCAUCGCUUACAAUACUGCAUGUACCUGGAAACGAAUCACAAACGUCCUUAGUCCAGGUCUGCUUCGAUGUUCGGGUGGUGGUACCUUGUUCGGCAUCACAACUGCUAGUGGCUUGACGUCAGCCCUUAUUCUCGUCGCUCUACCACUUCAUUGUCUCUGGCACAUCACCACAGACCUACCAAAAAGCGAACGAAGACUUAUCCUCACGCUGUUCACAUCAUCCUUCUUGACAUUCAUCGUUUGUCUCGUUCACGCAGUUUAUAUCGUCAAGAGAAACUCCUUUGCUAUCACUUUUUCCUCAAAGUUAGAGGCAUCAAUAUCACUCAUAGUCUGCAAUUCCGUUGUCGUUGUCCCGAACCUUUAUACCCUUUUCUUCCGUCGACACGCCCACGCCGAGGAAGGCGACCAAUCUGGAUCAUCAUACGUUCGAACUGGACCUACCACUCCUGUUCAUGAUACAACGAGCCAAACCGCGAAGCCUGACCAUUCGGAUACCUAUAAUUUUGAGCUAACGAGGAUUUCGGAUGUGAAUUUGAGUUUCUCGUCGGAUCCUGACUUUGUGCAACACACGAGUACGCGGGUCGACGAUGUUGAGGUCAGGACGAUGCCACAGGGGUAGCAAUCCGGGGGGGCAGCCCAUUGGAUUGAUUCUGCAAGGGUGGCUGAUCAUCCAUCCCCUUCGCCCGAG